CCUCCCACUGACACCAAUGAUGGGGGCACGAUUUCCCCUCCACUGACACCAAUGAUGGGGCACUAUUUCCUUUCCACUGACACCAACGAUGGGGCACUAUUCCCCCACUGACACCAAGGAUGGGGCACUAUUCCUCCCCCCCACUGACACCAAUGAUGGGGCACUAUUCCUCCCCCCCACUGACACCAAUGAUGGGACACUAUGCCCUUCCCCCACUGACACCAACGAUGGGGCACUAUUCCUCCCACUGACAUCAGUGAUG